AUUUUUCAUGUCAUGUGGUGAUUUGGUUUGGCAACGAAGUUUUGUUUUUGUGUGAACCACGUUUAUUUUAUUAAUUUUUUCAUAAAUAGCUAAUAAAAAUGCCUACUCCAGACAAGAUUUUGAUGCGCAAGAUUAAAAAAAGAGAAAAGAAGAAAGUGAAGCUCAUGAGUCAGAAAUCAAAUGUAACUAAAGAUUCUGAACCUCAGGAAGCAAAUAAAAGACCACACGAAAACAAUGAAGUAAUAGUAUCUAAGAAAAAACGUAAAAAGCACAAGGCUGAAGUCAAUGAAGAACCUAUAGAAAUAAAAGAGGAAGUUAAGGACAAUGACUCUGAAAAUGAAGACCAGGACGACUCUGACAAUGAAAUAGACAGCAAACCCAAUGAGGAAAGCCAAUUACCAGGUUCAAGUUUAUGCCUUGGCAUAUUAUCAGAUCAGAAAUUCUCAACUUCGGAAGGCAAAGUGUGUGAGCCCACUCUUAUGGGCAUCAAGGACAUGGGCUUCACCACAAUGACUGAAAUCCAAGCUAAAGCUAUACCACCUUUGUUAGAAGGCCGGGAUCUUGUCGGAGCAGCAAGAACUGGGUCAGGAAAGACUCUGGCAUUUCUGAUACCUGCCAUUGACCUUAUUUAUAAACUCAAAUUCAAGCCAAGAAAUGGUACGGGAGUAAUUAUUCUGUCACCAACAAGAGAAUUGUCAAUGCAGACAUUUGGAGUAUUGAUGGAAUUGAUGAAGUAUCAUCAUCAUACUUAUGGACUGGUGAUGGGUGGGGCUAACAGAACUACAGAAGCACAGAAAUUAUCUAAAGGCAUAAAUAUUUUGGUUGCAACACCUGGUCGACUGUUGGAUCACCUGCAGAACACGCCCGACUUUUUGUACAAAAAUCUCCAAUGCCUUGUCAUUGAUGAGGCUGACAGAAUACUGGAGAUUGGUUUUGAAGAGGAAGUCAAACAGAUCAUCAAAUUGUUGCCAAAACGUCGUCAAACCAUGCUGUUCAGUGCCACUCAGACGAAGAAGACGGAAGCUCUGACGGCGCUCGCAGUCAAGCACGAACCUGUGUACGUCGGGGUCGAUGACCACAGGGAACAGGCCACUGUCGACUCUCUGGAGCAAGGGUACAUAGUAUGCCCGUCUGAGAAGCGUAUGAUGGUGCUUUUCACAUUCCUGAAGAAAAAUAGGAAGAAAAAAGUCAUGGUGUUCUUUUCUACCUGUAUGUCUGUGAAGUACCAUCACGAGCUAUUCAACUACAUCGACCUGCCUGUCAUGUCUAUACAUGGCAAACAACAACAAACGAAGCGGACCACAACAUUCUUCCAGUUCUGUAAUGCGGAGUCUGGUAUACUUCUAUGCACAGACGUGGCUGCCAGAGGGCUUGAUAUACCGGCAGUCGACUGGAUUGUCCAAUAUGAUCCGCCUGAUGAUCCUAAGGAAUACAUCCAUAGAGUGGGCAGAACAGCGCGGGGUCUCGGCACCAGCGGCCACGCACUCCUGUUCUUGCGUCCCGAAGAGUUGGGGUUCCUGAGAUACCUCAAGCAGUCCAAAGUGACGCUCAACGAGUUCGAGUUCUCGUGGAACAAGGUUGCUGAUAUUCAGUUGCAGUUGGAGAAACUGAUAUCAAGAAACUAUUUCCUGAACCAAUCCGCCAAGGAGGCAUUCAAGAGUUACCUCAGGGCUUACGACUCGCACCACCUCAAGACCAUAUUUGACAUAGACACGAUAGAUUUGGCCAAAGUGUCCAAAUCCUUUGGCUUCACAGUACCACCCGCGGUAGAACUAAAGGUAGCCAACAAAGGACCUCCGUCUAAGAGAAAAGGCGGUGGCGGCUACGGAUAUUUCAAGGCUCUAAACGCACCCGUGAACCACAAGAAUAAGGCAGAGAAAACCAAAAUAUACAGACAGAAAGGUGGAAAUAAAAGGUCGAUAAGUUGAUGAAUGAAUUACCUAGUGUUGUUCUAAAUAAAACACUAUCUUUUACAAAGUGGUCAUUUUAUUUUUAAAUUCAGAAAGGAGCUGAUUUGAAAGUACCCUAGAUACAUUCGCUAUGAUAAAGCAUUCUUGAUAAGCUGAUGUUUUAUCUAAAAAAAGGGUGUAGAUUAUGUUAACAUCUACGCAUUUAUCAUGCCGUGUGAAUAUGAACUAUUAUUGAGAUUAUAUUGACUUAACGUUAGCAGAGUAAACAUUAUUACCUAUUUAUAAAUCAUUAUCUAUAUGUCGAUGAAACUGCGCUCCGUAACUAGAAGUGACGAUAAAUAUUGGCAUAACAAGAUGUAGUAACCGUCAUACAUAGUAAAUCUAGUAAUCUGGUUCAUAAUGUCCAUUCCAUUGGCCUGGUCAAGGAACUUGUUUGUUAUGCAUUUAGAAACAAAUCUUACUAUAUUAGUGACAAAUCGAUGAUAAGUAGCGAUAACAUCCUUAUUGAUAACCUGUCAUCUGUUGGAACACAAAACUAUAUUUACAGAUUUAAUCUACCCAUAGUAAUAGUAACAAUAUGUACUUCCACGAUAACAAAUAUAUGACCAAUGAUGACAAAUAUAUGACCAGAUAAGUUAUGCAUUGCACUUCAACAAUGUAAUAAUCAAUUGACGUCUUCUAUUUGAUUUAUUUCUGAGUCAAUUUCACUUUCGUAUUGGAAUUACAAUAUUGUACCUAAAGUGAAGAUAACAGAAGCAAUCAUCUUCAUAGAUUUUGCAUUUUGUAAAAAUCUGAAUAAUCCAGGAGCGUGUCAAGGGAGAGUAAAUAAAAAAUAGAAAUCAUUAACAUAAACAUAUAUUAUCCUUCUUCGCAAGCUUUGCACGGGAAAUUCCAAGUAAACAUUAAUGAAUAAGCUGACCCUGAGAAAUUACUGCUACUUACGCCAACAUCUUCUGUCGAUCAAGUCACCAGCAACUAGUAAUACUAGUCACGUCUUUUUAGAUCGUA